CAUGGAUGGAAUCCACACCCCUUUUUGCUACUACUAAUUUAGUUGUUGAAAAGGUGGUACUUAUAGCUCUUUGUGGAAGCAGAGGAAUUGUGGAGGAAAUUGGAGGGGUGAAAAUAGCUCACAUGACAAAAAGGCAGAAAAUCUUAUUUAGCGAAAAGGUUUACCUUCCACUUGUCACUGGACAAAUUCAAUGUACUCUUAUCAGUUUGUAUACGGUCAAAAUCAGAGGCCUCCGAUUUACAGGAUCGAGGGUCCAUCAUAGGCCCGAGUUCAGGCAAGAUCGAGUUCGAGAUCGGUGGACCAGAGACAAGCUCGAAGACAGAGUGCAAUGCCCGGAGACAGGGUACGAGGAGGACCAGGCCCGAGUAUACUCGACCCCGAAAUAGUACCGUUAGGAAUUUGUAACGGCUUGAGUUAGAUCCCUGCCACAUCCUCAUAGUCGCGGCACAAAUCCCGGAACAAGAUUGUACGAUUCCGCACUAGACGGUUAGACAUCUAUAUCAAGAAUAUUCCCUACUGUAAAUAGAAAUAUUCCUUUUUUAGGGUUCCCCUAUUAUAUAAAGGGGACCCCAAUUAUUUGUAAGACGAUCUGAUGACUGAGCGAAGAAUAGACUCUCUACCUUUUUCGCCUACUGUUUA